AUCCGCCACCACAGCUCUGCUCUCGUGCUGGUCAAAGAGAAGAUAGAGAGAAGAGGAGAGCAUCCCGUAAAGAACCGUAACAAUGUCCACCAUCGAAUUCAUUGGCAGUCGACUGCAGUCGCUGGAGGCUGCGCUGCAGGCGCAGAACGAAUCCCAUGAACAAAUUGUCUUAUCGAGGCCGCGCGGCGGCAGCAGCGGCGUCAGCGGAGGCUCCUCAUCGCUGGCGCGUGUCCAACCAGCACCAGCAGCCCCCUCACCGGCCACCGUUGCCGCCACCUCCACCACAGUUGGACCGCCCAUCAGCUUAGCCUCCCGACCCGCGCCACCAGUUCCUCAGCCAGCGCUGGCCCCCUCAGCGGGCGUCUAUGGCGGCACCUUUAUCCCGCCCACCACCAGGAGUCCGCGUCCCACACCGAGCCUGCCACUGUCUGAGGCUGGCUCGUAUCGGCGCCGAAUGAUCCUGUCGCUGCCUACACAGCUGCAUCCCUCGGAAACGGAGACGGACAAGAAGCUGAAGAUCAUCAUGGCCCAGACGGGCAAGCUGAAUAUAAACGGGCGACAGUACCCGACGGACAUCCACGAUCUGCGGCACCUGGGUGACCUGGGGAACGGGACCAGCGGCAAUGUGGUGAAAAUGCUGCAUGUCUCCAGCGAGACGGUCAUUGCUGUCAAGCAGAUGCGGCGCACGGGCAAUGCGGAGGAGAACAAACGCAUCCUGAUGGAUCUGGAUGUGGUGCUCAAGUCCCACGACUGCAAAUACAUUGUCAAGUGCCUCGGUUGCUUUGUCCGCGACCCGGACGUUUGGAUCUGCAUGGAACUGAUGUCGAUGUGCUUCGACAAGCUGCUCAAGCUCUCCAAGAAGCCGGUGCCGGAAUGCAUUCUCGGCAAGGUCACAGUGGCGACGGUCAAUGCCCUGUCGUAUCUGAAAGACAAGCACGGGGUCAUCCAUCGGGACGUAAAGCCCUCGAACAUACUGAUCGACGAGCGUGGCAACAUCAAGCUCUGCGACUUUGGGAUCAGCGGUCGUCUGGUGGACUCCAAGGCCAACACGCGCUCGGCUGGCUGUGCGGCGUACAUGGCGCCGGAACGCAUCGAUCCAAAGAAACCAAAGUAUGACAUACGCGCCGAUGUCUGGUCGCUGGGCAUUACGCUCGUGGAGCUGGCCACCGCGCGAUCCCCCUACGAAGGCUGCAACACGGACUUUGAAGUGCUCACCAAGGUGCUGGACUCGGAGCCACCCUGCCUGCCCAGCGGCGAGGGUUUCAAUUUUAGUCAUGAGUUUCACGAUUUUGUCAUCAAGUGCCUCACAAAGAACCAUCAGGAUCGACCCAAGUAUCCGGAGCUCCUGGUGCAGCCAUUCAUACGGAACUAUGAAACGGCUAAAGUAGAUGUUCCAAAUUGGUUUCAAAUGGUCAUGGAGACAGCCGGCAAGCGGCUGCGCGUCAAUGGCGAUCCCACGCUGAAGAGACCAACAACAACCACAACAACAGCAGCAGCAGCGGCAACAAGUGGAAGUGGUGCAGCAGGAGGACCUGGAUCAGGAGUAGCAGCAGCAACAUCAUCAGUGGUGGUACCAGUAUCAGGAGCAGCCCCAACAAAAUACGGCAGAGCGGCAAUAUCCUACCAAGCGCCGAGCACCACGAAUCCACAAAAGACAAUAAAACCCACACAGAUACCGAGCUACCAGCAACCACAGGCGCUACAACAGCAACAGCAACAGUCGCAGUAUUUCAUACAAUCAGCCACACAACUACCUCAAACAACAAUUACGCCAGCAGCGACAGCAGGAACAGCCACAAACUGCUUCGGCCACAGUGGUGGGAGCAGGAGCGGUAGCAGCAGUGCCAGCCCAAUGUCGCCGGCCAGUGGGAUAAGCGCCAGUCCACUGUCGCCGCCCAGUGGUGGUGGCAUCUGUGCCAGCCCACUGUCGCCACUGUAUCGGAAGUCGCCCUUUAUGCAGCGGAAGCUGAGCAAUGGAAACCCUCAUCAUUAUCAGCCGCAGCACUACAAAUACAAUGAUGAGAGCCCCAAGAAGGAGUCGAUGUUCAGCAGCAUUGGCCAAUCGAUUCUACGCAAUCUGACGACAUCGCCCUUCAGCCAAAAGAAACACCAUGGAACAUCGUCAUCGUCAGCAUCGACUACACCAACAGCAACACCAACAGCAAUAAAAUCCACAGGAACAACAACACUGCCGCACCAAACCAACCAAACCACAACAACCACGGAUAAAACAGCAGCAGCAGCAGCAGCAGUAGCAGUGCCAACGCUAACGCCAACAACAGCAGAAACAGCGCCAGCGACAGCACACAGCACGCCCCAAUGGCGACUGCCAGCGGAUAAUCCCUUAGCCUACGACAGCUGUGAUAGUAGUAGUAAUGUGAAUUUGAAUGCGAAUGCAAAUACCCUGACCAUGGGCCUAUCUACCCCCUCACCCUCGCUGCAGCGCAGGCCAUUUACCACAGAGAUACAAACACAGGCGGCAACAGGCUCGCCGGUGACGUUGCAGCUGAACUGCCAACUACAGCAGCAGCAGCAGCAACCACCGCGUUUACAGCCAGGGAAUCAAAGCCCCAUAGUGCUGCAACGCUUCUACCAUCAGCAGAACCAGCUUCGCGAGAAAGAGGCCGCCGAGCGGUACCAGCAUCAGCGCCAGCAGCCAGUCGGCGGCACUAGCACGAACCCGUUCCACAGCAACUACGUGCCGCCACCGCCCUCGACGCACUCCACAUCUAGUCAGUCGUCCACGCAGUCGACGUGCUCGCAGAUUGCUGCUCCCCUCGCCAGCCUAUCGCCACCUGGAGCGACAACUGCGGCGGCUGCGGGACACUUUGGGGUGGGCAGUGCGGAGCAGCUGCAGUACCAGCCGCUGCCACUAACUACGGCGGAGGCGGCUACCAGUCCCAGAUCCCCAGAGCAGCCGCAACAGCAACAGCAGCCCCUGCACCUGCACUUGCAGCAACAGCAGCAGCAGCAGCAACCGCAUCCACAGAUGGAAUAUGGCGUCGGAGGAGGAGGAGGCGUGGGUGGUGGGGGAUCGAUGGUGGCCAGCAAGCUGAGCAAGCUGUAUGCCCGCCGUCAACUUUUGGGACAGAGCUCGAGCAGUGGGGCGAGCAGCAGCAGCCUGGACGGGAAAGAGCACCACGAUGCGGGCUGGUUCAACACACUCGCCGGCGCCAUGAAGCGACAGUUUGCCACCUAUGUUAAAACCCAAUUGAAUUCCACAGCCACGUCACCGGUGGCCAGCUCGCAGUCGCAGCCACAGAUGCAGUCGCAGGUACAGCCGCCGGCCUACAGGAGUGUCGUGAACAAUGGCGGCGGCAAGGCCUACUAUUAUCGCACCCUCUCGGCGGCCAGCAGCAGCAGCAACACCAGCCAGAGCACCUCCCCCACCACAGAGCCGCUGGCCAGCAGCGCUGGCUUCCUGCGGCGCUAUGCCAGCAGUGGUGGUGCCGGUCCCGGAGGCGGCGGCAGCAUCAGUACACCGCCCAGUCCUCACAUACUGGCCGGACUGGAUCGCAGGCAUCGGAGUCCGGAUCCGCCGCCACGCUACAAUCGCGGCCAGUCGCCGUUGCUGCUGCGCAAGAAUCUGCUAGAGCUGAGCGGACAGCCGCCAGGCUCUCCCCUGCUUCACAGACGAUAUGUGUCGGCAUCGCCGCCGUUGCCGCCGCCGCGACGCGGCUCUGAGAGCGUGCCCGGAUCGCCGCAGCACUUCCGCACCCGCAUUCACUACACCCCCGAGCCACAGAGACGCAUCUAUCGCACCAUAGAUCAAUGAGUGGCGCUGCAAAUCAUGGUCAUGUGAUGCUGGUAUGGCUUCGAUGACGAUUCCGGCGGUGCAGGUGAUGCCUCCGAUGCCUCCGUUCUGGAUGCAUCAAUGGGGGACGCAUCGCUGUCGAUGCCGGCGCCACUAGGUCCCUUGAGCACCGCCACAACGGUGGGGGGAAUAGGCGUAGCAGGUCGUCGGACAUGCUCGGCGAGUGGUUCGUAUGCCAGCUUGUAUGCGGAUGCUAAUGCGGAAACGGAUACGGAUACGGAUGGGCAUGCAUGGCCAGGAGCAAUGGCUACGGCAACAGCAAAAACCAACAGCAGAAAUGGGAACAGAUGGAAGGAUAAGGCGCCGUGGACAUGUGAUUGAGAAUGACAGACAGACAGACAGACGAAAUAUUAUAGAGAAAAAAGCAAAUGAAAGUGUUCAAAAGUCUUAUACGUAUAAGUGUUUGGCCUCAGCGAAUCUUCUUCAUCUUCAAAAAAAAAACGCCUAAUU